UGGUCGAACAGCCACCACAUUGCCCCCAAAUAGCACCGUAAAAUUCAUAGUGUGGAAAAGACAUUUUCAUAUUUUAACCUCACCGGCCGCUUAGCAUUACGUUACUUUCCCUGUUUUGGAGUUCGGCCAUGUCGACAUCUACGGUGAGCAAUCCCGAGUUAUCCACGUCGUCUUAUGGCAACAGCAGCACUCCUUGGGGCUGGCUGGUGUGGAACGAGCCUAAUGCAACGGUCGCCAUUCCCCUUUGGUCGACCGAGCGGGAACACGUGGCCACCAUUGGGCGUGGUCUCCUUUGCACCGUGCCUGUCCCGCCGACACUCGUCGCCAACUCGUUCUUCCAACGGAUCAGCCGCCACCAUUGCACACUGCAGAGCGCGUCCGAACAUAUGCAAACACUGCUGAUUAACAACUCUCCAAAUGGGACGUUUGUCAACGGCGAGCGAGUCGAUUACCUGCGCACACUGCCCAUCGAUCACGGCGACGUCGUCGCCCUCUGUUCCGCCGACAGCGAAGCAAGUUUUACUUUUUACGAUAACCACUACCGCUAUUUGGGAUAUCACCUGGACCUCAGCAACAAGUACCUCAUCAUGAACAUCGUAGCUAGUGGGGCUUACAGCGAAGUUUGCAGAGGCAUCGUGAAAAGCAACAACACCAUUGUUGCAAUCAAGAUUGUUCCGCGCAGCAAUCGGAGGGCACCAUAUUCCAGUGUGGCGGUGAACACACGUGCUGUUAAGGCGCUGGGAAAUGAAAUUUCCAUUCUGUCGACAACCGAGCAUCCUUGCAUAGUCAAAAUGGUGGACUCUUCGUUUGACGUCAAUACAAGCAGGAUAUUUCUCGCCUUGGAAUUGGCUAACGGCGGUGACUUGCAGCAGAGAUUGCAUGACGUCGGUCAUUUGUCGGAGCCCGUGUCUCGGUUCAUUUUCGUUCAGCUGGUCUCGGCCAUCAAGUACUGUCACGGCCGCUCACCGCCGAUUGUCCACCGCGACCUCAGCCCCGCCAAUAUUUUGCUGGUGAAUGCCGACGAGUUUGCCAGAGUCAAGACUCUCAAACAAGCUUUACGGCUGAGACACCAACCGCAACAAGGUUGCCACCAAUGUCGCUGUGGCUUGCUGUAG